AUGAGCAAGCUUGUGCUAAGUGUGGGAGUCACCAUCCGGGAGCCCCGUGCAAGGCUGGAUGGGGCUUGUGCUAUUCUUGUGGUAAGGUGGGGCAUAGAGCCGCAAACUGUCUUGCGAAGCAGAAGCAAGGUGCAGGGAGAGUACAGUAGCCUGGUCGGGUGUUCACCACCUCAGCUGUUGGUGCCGAGGGAUCUGAGACACUUAUCCGAGGGUAUUUUGUUGUUAACCGCGGGUGUUUCAGGUGAUGAUCAAAGAUUGGAGCAAAUUCCGGUUGUGUGUGAGUUUCCGGAGGUGUUUCCCGACGAUAUUGAUGAAUUUUCACCUAACCGAGAGGUUGAUUUUGCUAUUGAGCUAGUGCCUAGGGCUAGACCAAUCUCGAGUGCUCCUUAUAGGAUGUCACUGCUAGAAAUGGCUGAGCUGAAGUCUCAACUAAAGGAUUUGUUGGGUAAGAACUUUAUCCGACCAAGUGUUUCUCCGUGGGGUGCGCCGGUGUUACUGGUCAAGAAGAAAGAUGGGAGUAUAUAG